GUCGAAGAAGAAUGUGAUCGCGGACACGCGUAUAUCAAAAACGUACCAAAGUGUAUAAGCUAACUUCAUGGAGGUAGUUUUUGACUGCCGCUCACUGUUUUGCAGAUGGUUUCAGUUCUGGCAGUUCUGGCUGCUGGUGGUGGCUGGCUGGCUGACGGCUAUACUUACUAUUUCACAUAAAAAUAGUGGGUUAACAACAACGUCAAAGUGGUUUUUGCGCGGUCGACAGUGCUUAGCAAUCUGAAACAAUCAAUUUGAAUUGAAAAUUAAGCUGGCGUACUAGGAUGGGUCUGUUGACAGAUCCUAGAGCCUCCAACGUAAAGAUGAUCAAAUUUAUCCUUCAAUGGGAAAAGUCGCUAUGUUUUCUCAUGUAUAUAAGUGGAAUUGUGUGGAUGUGUCUUUUAGCCCUCCCAACUUUCAAUGACAAUUCAUAUUUUUCUGAAAAUGCCUUGCUUCCGGGCUUGGUCAUGAAAGGCAGCAACAUUGAUUAUGCUGCAUAUCAAUAUUAUCGAGAUUUGAAAGAGGAGAUGAAACUUCAUCCUGAUGGAAUGCCUUAUCCUUGGAUCUUGGCUAAGCUCAAUCAGCUUCAUUUGGAUGUUUAUACUCAUAACUUCACCCUAAAUUAUCCCUUUCGUAACAGGAAGUUCACAGGACAAAAUGUCUACGGUAUAAUGAGAGCUCCUAGAGCAGCAAGUACUGAAGCAAUUGUUGUCAGUGUACCGUACCGGGCUCUAAACAGUGUUCAUCCAUCUACAGCUCCGUCGGUUGCCCUACUACUUGCAUUUGCUCAAUACUGCCGAAAACAGAAGUAUUGGGCUAAAGAUAUAAUAUUUCUUAUUACGGAGCACGAACAAUUGGGAAUGCAAGCUUGGCUCGAUGCCUACCAUGGUGUAACUAGUGGCCAAAAAUGUGUUCUGAUAGCUGGUGAUCUAACCGGAAGAGCUGGGUCUAUUCAAGCUGCUAUUAACUUGGAAAUUCAUACAAUGAAAGUCGGAUCUAUCGAUGUCAAGGUAGAGGGACUGAAUGGUCAACUGCCCAAUUUGGACCUUUUUAAUCUUGCAGAAAAUAUGAUAAAUAAGGAAGGAAUAUCGAGAUCCUUCCAACGUCGCUUUGAUGUUACUUAUAAGGACAAUGUAAAAAAAUGGUGGUAUCAUUUCAACACUCUUAUGGCAAUGGUGGCAACUCAAGCGGCUGGAGUUCCCACAGGAAAUCAUGGACUUUUUCACAGAUUUGGCAUUGAAGCUGUCACUCUAGAAGGAUUCAAAAGAACUACUCGUGGGGGAGAAGCUAACUUUUCGCAAGUCGGCCGAGUCGUUGAGAGCAUAGUUCGAUCGCUAAACAAUCUUUUGGAACGAUUUCAUCAAUCAUUCUUUUUCUACCUCUUACCAUCGACAGAUCGAUAUAUAUCAAUAGGACUGUAUAUGCCUUGCCUGGUACUAAUAAUCGGCAGUCUUUUUAUUAAGGCCUAUUCGAUGUGGCUUAAGCUACAAGACGUCACAGCUAUCCCGAAUAACCGGAAAAAAGAGAAGCCAGAUGAAAAAAAUGAUCAGAUACAAACCACAGAAUUCGACGUCGGAAGCAUAACUUCAAAGAUUUUGUGGAUUCAUCUGAGCGGUGUUGCUAUUAUGUCUUCCCCAAAAUUGUUGACGCGCCUCGGUGUAGAGAUGCUAGGUCUGUCGACCGAGAAUUCUAUUUACGGAGGCUUCGCUGCGAUUAGUGCACUUACUAUUCUACGGUUCUUUGUUCCUAAGGGGGUCUCGCGAUACGACAGUGUAUCACUCGUGUGCGUGAUAGCUCUGGUUGAAUUAGCAACAGCUUUAAUGUGCGUAGCGAUGCACAACUUCUCACUGGCACUUGUGAUAGGAGUGAUAUACGUGCCAAUCGUUCUUCACAUUACGCCAAAGCAGCCAGGGGACUCGAAAUGUCGUUGGCUUCUCUACACAACUUGGACACUUCUGCAUCCCUUCGUCCUGACAUCUCUCAUUGUCAUGUUUUAUACAUACGGAUAUUAUUCGGAAGAGAAAUUCAUGGCGAUUCUCGGCAGAGGCCUCGAAGCUACUAAAUCAUCGAUGGUAUUCGGUGUCAUCGAUUCAAUGAUAUACGGGAACUGGCUAUACAACGUCACUGCCGUCGUAUUGCUUCCUAUAUGGUUACUGCUAAGUAGCGUGAUUUCAAACAACAAUUAUGCCAAUUGCGACAGUUGAAUUGCGUUUUAGAUUUUAGUAGACUCUCAUAAACUCCAAUCACUACGAGUAAGAUUCACGCACACUCAAAGAUUAAUGUAAAUCUUUUAUGGAAUCUUACUCAAACUCCAAACUGUACAUUUUUAUAUCGUAAUGCAUAAAGAAGUUAGGAUACCGAUCGAA